AUGGUGACGUUGUAGAAGGUCCCUUUGCAAACUGGGACGCAACAGAUGGGGGAAAACUUUCACGCACUGUUCAAACCUUUCCGAAUCAACUCACAACUCAAGCAGACAUAAUGGCGGUACUGUCUGGAACAACAUUUGCAGGAAUAUUUGGGUUGCUUGAGAGUAUACACAACAAAGUCCAUUCCUAUGUUGGUGGACAAAUGGGGGACAUCGAUUUUUCGCCAAACGAUCCUCUUUUCUGGAUGCAUCACGCCUUUAUUGAUUGUAUUUGGGAAGAGUUUAGACAGAACAGCCAGACGACAAAUCUGGCCACUGAGUAUCCGACUGCUUUUGGACAACAUCAUCCACAAGCUUCGAUGCAGCCAUUUAGC